CUUUGCCAUCGCUAGCGUUUGCUUCAGUAGCUUUCUUCAUUUCAAAGCGAAUGGACAGCUAGAAAAAGCUAGCCGCAAUGUCAGUUAAGAAUGGCGUUGAAAUGGUUAAAAAAGUAGCCGAAUUUAUUUCCAAAGGCACCAGUUUUGAUCGCGUCACUCAAAUGGUUAAAAUAACGAGUGGCGGCGAAGGGCGUUGCGUGGGCGAGUUUACGGUGGCAGCUGAGCAUUUAAAUCGCUUGGGCUCCCUGCACGGCGGUUUAACGGCCACCAUAUUAGAUAAUGUAACUACAUACGCACUAAUGUCUAAGGGCUCUCAUCCCGGCGUUACCUCUAGUCUAAGUGUGAGCUACGUAUCUGCGGCCAGACCAGGAGAUGUUAUAGAGGUGGAUGCGAAUACGCUGCAUGCUGGACGCAAAAUGGCAUACAUUGAGUGUGUGCUGCGCAAUAAAGCGGAUGGCAAGAUCAUUGCAAAAGGUGGACAAACCAAAUACGUGGAUUUCAACACAGAGUCAAGCAAAUGAAUGUAAUCAGUUGUAAAACUAAAUAAAUAAGAGAUAACUCA